UACAACAGACUUAGAUUGAUGGCGAACAACCACCACAUGAUGUUGACUCAGUGGGCUGACGCGAAAGAUACCUUCUCUUCGGAAGACCAGACCACCUUGCAAAGAAAAUCUGCAUCAGAUACGGAUUUCCAGUACAACGCUAGUGAAUCUACCCCUUCGUGUACCCCAAAGCAGAACUCCCCCUCCACGUCCUUCGCGGACAACGACGUCGGCACUGUUGUGCUGUUUGGCGUCCCUAUAGUGUGUUUGUAUGUAGAGAAUAAAGAACGGCUCUGUUUGGCCCAGAUCUCGAAUACUUUGUUAAGGAAUUUCAGUUAUAAUGAAAUCCACAACCGCAGAGUAGCGCUGGGGAUCACGUGUCUACAAUGCACCCCUGUACAGUUAGAGAUAUUACGACGAACAGGUGCGAUGCCAGUGUCAUCUAGGCGGUGUGGUCUGAUCACAAAGCGAGAGGCUGAGAGGCUGGUUAAAUCAUUUCUGGAGGAAAUUCCUCCUCCAAAACUCCCGGAAAACUUCUCUUUCAAGGUCAAUCAUACAUGCGGUUGGGGAUGUCAAGGUCUGUUCCUGCCUUCUAGAUACAACAGCUCUCGGGCGAAGUGCAUAAAAUGUUCCUUUUGUAAUUCAUUCUUUUCGCCUAACAAGUUUAUAUUCCAUUAUCACAAGACAUCCUCGGCAAGCUAUCGUCACCCAGACGCCGCAAACUUCAACUCGUGGAGACGUCACCUGAACCUAGACGAACCAUCCCCAUCAGAUUCUCUUCAGCAUGCUUGGGAGGACGUGAAGUCCAUGUUUAAUGGCGGAUGUCGCAAGCGUACCGCACAACACAGUUUCAGUUCCACCACUUCUUCCAGCGCUCCGUCAAUACCAGUAGGACCGCUAAAUCAAAAUCCGUUUGAUCAUCUGCAGGCAGUUCCGACUGGAAUGAACCAGUAUAACCGCUACAUGGGAUCCGCUAUGAUGGAGACAGAAACUCCCGACAGAUCAGUGGCGCAUGCGUCUUUCCAGUCGGGUUACUCCAGCAAUGUUAUCGGUCCAUACGGUGACAUUCUCCGUUCGCUGAGCAUGCAUUAUAACCCUUGGUGGAAGUCCAUGUACCUCACAGGACAACCCUACCCUCACUGUAAUUCCGUGUCCCUCCCCCUUAACAUGCCGUGUAUAAACUACUCUCCGAUGCUUCUUCCUUCUAACGAUUCCAGCCCCCUGUCAGUGGAGUCCAGUCAGUCCUCAUUAGACAAAGACAUCAAGUUUGCUGGAAAUUCCACUCCAAUUAAAGACAUGACUAGUGAGGAGAAGAAAAUGGUCGGAGAGAAGUCGCCAGUCAUCACUCAAACCUGCGUUAUAAAUGAUGGGAACCAGUUUUUAGGAGUAGACAAAUCCAGCUUGAAUGGAUCGGAGGAUGUCAACAUCAAAUCAAAGAUAUCAAUAGAAUGUAACAUAAAGGAUGAGCAGAUUAAUGCAGAGGUUAACAGGAAGCAGAGCCUCCCCGGCUGUGAUGAAACAAAAAAGCCUUUCACAAUUGAGGACAUGGAUAUUUCAACAUACUCAAUAGACCAGCUGCGAGAAUUGCUCUUGAGGUCUAGAACGGGAAAAAUUGGCAACACGCUGUGAAAUGGACGUCGUUCGCAUUAGGCCGCCUUAUACGUAGACAAUGGCUGUACAAAUGAUUGCUGAAGAAACUUUUAUCUGCGUUAUCCAAUUUUCCACCUUUACACUUUGGACAGUCUCGCUGGAUAUAUUAAACAGAAUUGAAUUACUCCGAAAUGUUCAUUUUUCUUUGGGAAAAUAUUAAUUUGUUACUAUGAGCCACGGACUCGGCUCCUUGGGAAUUAUCAUCCAUUUGUGAAAUAAAUAACAUAAUUGAUUUCUGGAGAAAAUUGGAUAACGUCCAAUGUCGUGCCCAGUUAUCCUUUUAACGCAUUUAAAUAAUUAAUUCUAUUACAACAUUGUCAACCGAUUAUGUUCUGUUCUUAAAGUGGUAUUGAAUGCAUGUUCAGUGUUAAUAUUUGUUAAAUUGUCUAAUGGUUUCAGUGUUAAUUAAAUAGAUAUCUCAU